AUGAGCGGGCGGUGCAGCGUACGAGCGGGCGGUGCAGCGUACGAGCGGGCGGUGCAGCGUACGAGCGGGCGGUGCAGCGUACGAGCGGGCGGUGCAGCGUACGAGCGGGCGGUGCAGCGUACGAGCGGGCGGUGCAGCGUACGAGCGGGCGGUGCAGCGUAUGAGCGGGCGGUGCAGCCGUACGAGCGGGCGGUGCAGCGUAUGAGCGGGCGGUGCAGCGCACGAGCGGGCGGUGCAGCGUACGAGCGGGCGGUGCAGCGUACGAGCGGGCGGUGCAGCGUACGAGCGUGCGGUGCAGCGUAUGAGCGGGCGGUGCAGCGUAUGAGCGGGCGGUGCAGCGUACGAGCGGGCGGUGCAGCGUACGAGCGGGCGGUGCAGCGUAUGAGCGGGCGGUGCAGCGGCCUUCGAGCAACAGCCCACGAGUACAUGGCGCUCUUCUUCCUGCAAAUCCCUCAGAACGAGCUUCCAUCUCUCCUCCAACCCUCGCACCUCCACUCCCCCCUCCUGCCACAACCACGGCUUCCCCACCCUCCCUUCCUCCUCUCAUCAACUCCCCAUACCGCCCCCCCACACCCUCCCAUCCCCCCUUCCUCCCUCCUCCAUCCCUCUCUCCAACCGUCACUCCCCCAUCCCUCCUCACUCCACCUCCCCUUUCUCCAACCAGUCACGUUCUUACCCUCCCAUCUGCCACCGUCCAAUCUUUUACCCUUCUCCACCCCUUCCUCCGUAUCUCCUUCUGCUCUCACCCCAUCCUCUUGCCUCGCUAUCACUUAUCCCAAAGAUGCUGCUGCUGCUGAUCCUGCUACUCCUGCUGCUGCUGCUGAUCCUGCUACUCCUGCUGCUGCUGCUGAUCCUGCUACUCCUGCUGCUGCCGAUCCUGCUAGUGCUGAUGCUGCAGCUGCUCCUGCAGCUGUGGGCUCUCAACGUUUGGCCAUCGUCCCCACAAACAACGCACACUUAGCUGUCAUUCCAAGAGCUGACCAACCCUUGGCUGUGAUUUCCGAAGCCAAUCAGCAGCUGGCUGUAAUUCCCCAAGCCAAUCAGCAGCUGGCUGUAAUUCCCCAAGCCAAUCAGCAGCUGGCUGUGAUUCCCGUUUUUCCAACGAGCCAGCAGCUCACGAUCAGCUCGCAAGCAGCGCAUGGGUUAGGGGCAGCUGUAGCACAGAAACUGGGUGCCACUGUAGAAAAGGAAGCAGGGGCAGCUGUAGCACAGGAAUCAGAAGCUUAUAAGGGGGAUGGGCACGUGGGGCGGGCUUUAAGAGCUGCUGAGCUGGCGUGUGUGGUUGUGGGGGGUUGGCCGUGGGACUUGGAGGAUCUAGGCUUGGAAGGGGAAGGGGAGGAGGGGGGAGAGGGAGGAGUGGGAGGAGAGGGAGAGGAUGGGAGGCGGGAUGAAGGGGAGGAGGGUAGGUUUCGGGGAUUGGAGGGAUGGGGGGUUGGAGGUGAGGGGAAUGGAAUGAAGACUGGUGGCGAGCAGGAAGGGGAGAGAGCGGAGAGGGGGGUGCAAGAGGUUAGGGGGGCGAGAGGUGGGAGGAAGAAAGCGAAAGGGAAAGAUAGGAAGCAGAAGAAGGGCGAAGGAGGGGCGGAAGGAGGAAAUGCUUUACAUGUAGCGAGUCAGCCCGUAAGGGAGAUGAGGGUGGAAGACAGGCUGAGGCUGUCCGAUUCUGGCUGCUCCACGUCUGACGCCCCUGUGCUUCGUGUUUACACUGCGUCACGUACAGUCACACCGCUUAAAGUCACACAAUCUCUCGGUGGGGCUAAAACGAAGGACUCUUCAAAGCCCAGCCAGUCAGCACGCAAGAAUGAGAGGCAGAGCCGUGUUUCUGAAUCUGUAAGGCCAAAAGGGGUGGGGGUGGGAGUGAGCAGAGGAGCAGCAGCAGCAGCAGCAGCAGCAGCAGGGAUGUUGGCGGGAGGGGGAGUAUCUGCAGGGUGGGAGGGUAGCAUGUGGUUGUGCAGGCGUGUGAGUGGAAGGAGCUUUUGGGGUGAGCUGUGGGAACUGGUAGGAGAUUUGUAUGUGGACCUAGAGACUAGGGUCGGAACAGGGUCGGAGCCUGAGCAAGCAGCAAGGCUCGGUGAUUCGAAGCAAGAGGCGAGACUCGGUGACCCAAAGCAAGGGGCAAGGGUUGGUGGUGCGAGGUUGGGCGAGGGGAGAAGGGAAGAAGGCAGUGUGGCUGUGCGGGCUGCAGCAGUGGCUGCAGAGGGAGAGGCAUCUGGGAGUGCAGAGCUGAGGAUAGAAGAGGAGGUGGCAAGGGAGGUGAGACGGGUGAGGAAGAAAAGGAGGCAGAGGGAGGGCAGUGGUCACGGGGCAACAGGCGAAAGGGUCGCGGCUGGGGAGGCAGCAAGGGCAGCAGCAGGGGCAGCAGAAGCAGUAGCAGCUGUAGCACAUGCUGUUUGUAGCGUGUGUGGGAGGGGUGGUUGUAGCUGCUUGAAUGAACGAGCACGACGAGACAACGGUGAAUCAGCAUCAGCAGCACCAUCAGCCCUUCCCCAAGCCGCCUGCUCUGCAACCAGCUGGAAGAGUCGUUGUUUUGGCCGACCGUUCGUGCUCGACCCGAACGCCAACUACCAAUCAGCAGCCGAGUUUUACUCCCGGGCAGCGGCUGCGUUCUCGGCCAAUCACGACGCGACAAGCAAGCAGGCGGUUAUGAGGAAACGCGGAUGGGCCUGCAACGAGCGCGGCCGGUGGCUUCUCAACUCCCCUUCCUCCUCCUCUCCCUCCUCCUCUUCCUCCUCUUCCUCUACCUCAUCUCCUCCUCCACCUCCCACACCCCCACACGCCACCAUAGCAGCAGCACGGGCAGCGCUGGUGGCGGCAGCAGAGGCAUUCUGGGAAGCGGGAGAUGCUCCCAAUGCUGCUCUUGUGCUCUGCAAUCUAGGCCAUGGGGAACGGGCAGAUGCUGAGGUGAUUGCUGCUCCUCUUCUCAUGCUCUCUGAGCAAGCAGGUGCUUCUGGCGUGGGCUUUAGUAAUGCUGCUUCUUCUGCUGCUGCUGCUGCUCCUGCUGCUGGGGCGCCUGUUGCUUUUGGUGCUGGGGAUGCCGCAACGAAUGUUAACGGCGGUGAAAGUGGUUCCGCUGGUGCUGGUGCUGGUACUGGUGCUGGUGCUGGUACUGGUGCUGGUGCUGGGUUCUCGGGCAAGUUUGAGAGAGCGAGGCAGCGGUAUAUGCGGGCGUUGGGGUGGUAUGGGGAUGCUCGCAGGGAGCUGAUGAGGAGUGUGGGGGAAAGUAAGGCCGAUGGUGCUGCUGAUGGGAGUACGGACGUAGCGGGAGGAGCAGGAGGAUCAGGGGGAGUAGGAGUAGGAGGAGGACGAGGUAAGGGUGGCGUGGGGGUUGAGAGUGAGUCAGCAGCAGCACGGGCAUAUGGGGUGGUGUGGAGCGAGGUGAACCUGCAAUUCGCCCACACUUACCUUAGAGUCGGCAUGCUUAUGGCCGCUGCGGAACGCCUGGGCCUCCCAAUGGUCCCUGCUGGGAACAGGAAAGAGAAUGCGGAUAGUUCCAGUUGGUUCGGUGGAGGGAGGGUGGAGAAUGAGAGAGGGGAUGGGGAUGGGGUGAGGGAGGAAGGCGGAGGGGGGGCAGGGGAGGGGAAUGAGUGGGAGUGGGAGGUGCGAGGGUAUGUUUCGGCGAAGGAUGCCUUGAGUAAGGCUCUGAUUCUGUAUGAGUCUCUAGGGACGAGCAGACAGCAAGAAGCUGCCUUUGCUCACUUCCAUCUUGCUGGUUACCACAGGGAUUGUGCCCUUCGUGCUGCUGCUGCUGCUGCUGCAGGAGGAUCAGCAGCAGGGGGUGUGGCGGAUUGGCAGCAGCAGCAGAAGCGCCUGGCAGCGUUAGCAGAGGUUCACUGGCACAAGGCAGUGUGCUUCUAUCGAGCGGAAGCACAUCCGGACAUGUUUGUGACUAUAUGCAUGGAGAGGGCGGGGCUAGCGUCUGGUCUGGGCGGGCAGAAGCAGCAGCAGUGGCAGAGUCACCUCGCGGCUCUGAGACACCUCAUGGCAGUGCAGGCCGCGCUAUCACCACCCCCAGGCCCCUCUCCCUCCCCAGUUCCCGAUUCCAAAACCACGGAGCACUCAAAGCAAGCUCACGACAAGGCGUCCCCUCUCUACAGUCACACGGCUGAGAGGCUGUGCCAUCUCGUACAGUCACACCUGAAGGCCUUGCUGGGCCUUGCUCUGGCAUCUUCCGGCUCAUCCCUCGGUGGGAGGAAGGCGGGUGAAGGUACAAGUGCAGCAGGCUUAGGGGUUGGGAGAGGUGGAGAGGAGUUGGUGGGAGUGCUUCGAGAGGCUUACAGGUGCUCUUUGAAGCUGGACAAGUGUGCAUUGAACCUGCAUUCGAUAUCUGUAUUGGUUGCUCGUUUGCAGUAA